UUGUCCAAGCGUUCGCUUGAGUUAGCUUAGCGGCAGUUCGCCGGAGUUGAGAGAACCACAACACGCAUCUAGAGCCAUGGAUACCAAUGACGAGCAGCCGCCGCUGCACAUCCUCUUCUUCCCAUUCCUAGCUCCCGGCCACCUCAUUCCGAUCGCCGACAUGGCAGCGCUCUUCGCUGCCCGUGGCGCCAGGUGCACGAUCCUCACCACGCCCGUCAACGCCGCGACCAUCCGGCCGGCCGUGGACCGCGCAAACGACGCAAAUUCACAUGGCACAGAUAAUGCCCCCGCGAUCAAGAUCUCCGCCGUGCCCUUCCCCGACGUGGGGCUCCCGCCGGGCGUCGAGAACGCCACCGGCCUCACCAACCAGGCCGACCGCGAUAACUUCUGGCGCGCGAUCCAGCUGCUGCGCGAGCCCUUCGACCAGUUCCUGGCCGACAAGCACAACCACCCGCUCGACGCCGUCGUCUCAGACAGCCAGUUCCAGUGGUCCGUGGAGGCCGCGGCGGAACACGGCGUCCCGCGGCUGGCGUUCCUCGGCACCAGCAUGUUCGCGCGGGCGUGCACCGACGUCAUGCUGCGCAAGAACCCGAUGAUGGAGCCUUCCCCGGUCCAGGACGACCCGGACGCCAUGGUUUUUCUCCCUGGGCUGCCGCACUCUGUCAAGCUUAGGCGGAGCCAGAUGCCGGACCCCAGGAAGCAGCCGAAGGUGUUCGCCUUCUUCAAGGUCGUGAACGAAGAGGACCAGCGGAGCUACGGCGAGGUGUUCAACAGCUUCCACGAGCUGGAGCCGGAGUACGUCGAGCACUACCAGACCACGCUCGGCCGCCGCGUGUGGCUCGUCGGGCCGGUCGCAAGGCCCGACAUGGACGCCAGAUCGCACGCCAGCAACACCAACAACGCGCUCUCGCCCGAGGCCGACGGCUGCCUGCGGUGGCUCGACGCGAAGCCGGCUGGUUCGGUGGUGUACGUCUCGUUCGGCACGCUGGCCAAUUUCUCGCCGGACGAGCUGCGCGAGCUCGCCAGCGGCCUCGACCUCUCGGCCAAGAAUUUCGUGUGGGUCAUUAGUACCGACGCUAUCACAAACACCGCGCCAUCGUCAGAGUGGAUGCCGGAAGGCUUCGCCGAGCUGCUGGCGCACGGAGAGCGCGGCCUUGUCGUCCAUGGCUGGGCGCCGCAGGUGCUCAUCCUGAACCACCCGGCCCUUGGUGGGUUCAUGACGCACUGUGGGUGGAACUCGGUGCUUGAGGCCGUGAGUGCCGGCGUGCCCAUGGUCACGUGGCCACGGUUCGGCGAUCAGUUCUUCAACGAGAAGCUCGUCGUGGAGGUGCUCAAAAUUGGGACCAGCGUCGGGGCCAAGGAUUACGCGUCCGCCAUUGAGACCCACCAGCUGAUCGGCGCCGAGGUCAUCGCGGAAUCCAUAGGGAGAGUCAUGGACGCCGACGGGGACACGAUACGGAGUAAUGCCAAAGAGCUGGGAGAGAAAGCCAGGGGAGCCGUGGAGGACGGUGGGUCGUCGUACCGUGAUGUUGGUCGGCUGAUGGAUGAGUUGAUGGCUCGCCGAUGCUAA